CCAACCUCGAGUCUUUUGCUCAAUAGUGGUAUAUACAUUGAUAAUGGAUAGCAGGCCUGAGUCUUCUGAGACUCUUAGGAACAAAUGUGCAGCAUGCUUUAGACAGUACAACAAAAUGGAGCAUUUGGUAGAACAUAUGAGAGUCUCAUUUCACUCGGUCCAUGAGCCCAAGUGUGGUGUAUGCCAGAAGCACUGCAGAUCCUUCGAGUCACUCAGGGAGCAUCUCAUAGGACCACUGCCAAAGCUCGAAUGCGCGAGGAUAUUUAGCAUACGAGGUUGCACCUUGUGCCUGAACAUUUUUGAUAGCUCAAGUGCUCUUAGAAUUCACCGUGGGCAUUGUCAACUCUCCCGAGCUGCUCCCAAUAUCAACAUAAGUUUGUCGAGGUUGAGCUUGCAGAGCAGCUCAUCAGACCAUGAUGCCCGAUUGCAGGGCCCUCGGGUGGUUGCUUUGGGCUGCAAACUGGUUGGAGGAGGAAGCGAUGGAUCACUAGAUCUUUGUGCAAGAGUUUGCCUCAUAGGUGAACAUGAGAAUGUCAUCUUCCACACUUACGUCAGGCCCCAAAUCCCAGUCACAAAUUAUAGGUAUGAAACAACAGGCAUAAGACCCGAACACUUGAGGGACGCAAUGCCUUUGAAGCAAGCACAAAGGAGGGUGCAGGAUCUCCUUUGCAAUGGAGAACCAAUAUGGAAAAUAAGAUCAAGGGGUGGGAGGGCAAGAAUACUUGUGGGACACGGUUUAGAUCACGACCUCGAAUGCCUCGGUAUUGAUCAGUACCCUUCAUUCAUGAUGAGGGACACAGCCAACUAUCCCCCGUUGAUGAAAACAAGCAAGCUCAGCAACUCACUCAAAUAUCUCACACAAGCCUAUCUUGGUUACGACAUUCAGACUGGCAUACAAGAUCCAUAUGAGGACUGUGUGGCUGCAAUGAGGCUCUAUGUUAGAAUGCGGUCGCAAGCACACCCACAUGACUACUCUUCAGGGUCGGGCGAGGCCCAAAGCCGUAACAAUUUUCCAUCUUGGAGGCAGAGGGAGCUCGAGAGGAUGACCCCAGAUCAACUGUUGGAGCUUUCAGGAUCUGAUUACUAUUGUUGGUGCUUGGACUCUUGAGCAAGUCAUGGGAAAGUUACCCAUGUACUGUGGGUUCUAUCAGACUAGUAGUACCAAGUCUAUUAUAUCUAAUGCCUUUAAGCAUAAGUGACUAUGGGUAUUUGGUGUGCUUGGAUUAUCAGAGUUCCUAGGUAGUCAUACUUAAUAUACUUGUUGUACGAAUGUAUUAUGUAAUGCAGUUGUGAUAACUGCAAUAAUCUGGGUGACCAUGUGGCCACUGAAUCACCCUUCUAUGAAAAAAAUGAAAAAAAAGAUAUGGUAUUAUGGUACUA